AUGCGCGCUGCUACUGUCUUCGCCGGACUGCUGUCCGUUGCCAGCGCCGUCAACGGUCUCAGCUUCUCUACUGCCGAGCUUUUUGAGAAGCUGCGCGCUGUACCUGAGAACUGGAUCCAAGUCGGCUCUCCCGACGCUGCCCAGAAGCUACGCUUCAUGAUUGCGGUCAAACAGCCCAACCAUGCUCUCUUUGAGCAGACGCUCCUGGACAUUUCCACUCCGGGCUCCGCCAACUACGGCAAGCACUUGAAGCGCGAUGAGCUCAAGGCCAUGCUCCGCCCUGAGGCCAAGGCUACCGACUCAAUUGUUGCUUGGCUCGAGGCCUCCGGCAUCGAGAGCGAGGACAUUGAGGAUGACGGCGACUGGAUUAACUUCGUUGCCACCGUUUCGCAGGCCGAGAAGAUGAUGGACACCAAGUUCAACGUCUACCGCAGCGAGAUUCGCAAGAACGUCCAGAAGAUUCGCACUCUCGAGUACUCGAUUCCCACCGAGCUGCACGAGUUUAUCAACAUGAUCCAGCCCACCACGCGCUUUGCUCAGAUCCGUCCUGAGAGGAGCCAAAUCCUUGACAAGGAGCGUCUUGUUGACGUUAAGACUCUCGCUGCCGUUGACGUUGCUGCGUCGUGCAACGCUUCAAUCACUCCUGAUUGCCUGAAGGACCUCUACAACAUCAACGGAUACACGCCUAAGGCUAACAAGACCUACCUCGGCGUCUCUGGCUUCCUUGAGCAGUACGCUCGCUACGAUGACCUCGCCGAGUUCACUAGCAAGUAUGCACCUUACGCCAAAGACAAGAACUUUCAGUUCGGCUCUAUCAAUGGUUCCACCCUUCCUCAAAACACCAAUGACGAGGCAACUGAGGCCAACCUGGACAUCCAGUACACGGUUCCGCUGGUUUACCCGCUCGAUGUGACGUACUUCUACACUGCUGGUCGCGGCCCACUUGUACCCGAUCUCGACCAGCCAGACGUCUCCAGCAACGAGCCUUACCUUGAGUACUUCACGGAGCUGCUGAAGAAGCCUGACUCUGAGCUGCCCACCACGCUGUCCACGUCGUACGGCGAGGAUGAGCAAAGCGUUCCCGCUAGCUAUGCUAAGACUGUCUGCGACUUGAUCGGCCAGCUCGGUGCGCGUGGUGUCUCGGUCCUCUUCUCUUCUGGUGACACCGGCCCCGGUUCUGCGUGCCAGACCAACGACGGCAAGAACACGACCCGCUUCCUCCCAAUCUUCCCUGCUGCUUGCCCGUACGUCACGUCUGUCGGAGGCACCUACCAGAUCGAGCCUGAGAGAGCUGUUUCUUUCUCGUCGGGUGGUUUCUCUGACCUUUGGGAGCGCCCCAGCUGGCAGGAUGAUGCUAUCACGAAGUACUUUGGCAUCCUGGGUGAUAAGUGGGACGGUCUGUACAACCCUAACGGCCGUGGCUUCCCCGACGUUGCCGCUCAAGGCUACCGCUUCCACAUCGUUGACUCUGGAGAUGAGCUUCUUAUUGGUGGCACCUCUGCGUCUGCGCCGACUUUCUCGUCCGUCGUUGCUCUGCUCAACUCUGCUCGUGUCGAAGCUGGCCAAGCUCCUCUCGGCUGGCUCAACCCCUGGCUGUACAGCACUGGCAAGAGUGCUUUGACCGACAUCGUCGACGGCACGUCUACGGGCUGCACUGGAACCGACAUGUACUCCGGACUGCCCGCACCUUACGUCGAGGGCGCUGGAUGGGCCGCAGUGGAUGGCUGGGAUCCCGUCACUGGACUGGGAACUCCCGACUUUGGUGGUCUGCUCAAGCUUGCAGUUCAGAACAGGUACGGUGGCUACCGCCAGCACUAG